AUGGCUGCCGGACCCCACAGAGACUGCCCCCACCUCCAGGACUCCCCCUGCAGCUCUGAAGGCGGCCAGGGCAGCUGUAGCUCAAGCCCCAGAGUGCAGGAAGGCUAUGGCCACGCAGCGCCCAGCACGGACGGCGGCAAGGUGUUCUGCAUGUUCUACGCGCUGCUGGGCAUCCCGCUCACGCUGGUCAUGUUCCAGAGCCUGGGCGAGCGCAUCAACACCUUCGUGAAGUUCCUGCUGCACCGCGCCAAGCGGGGCCUGGGCAUGCGGCGCGCCGACGUGUCCAUGGCCAACAUGGUGCUCAUCGGCUUCUUCUCGUGCAUCAGCACGCUGUGCAUCGGCGCGGCCGCCUUCUCCUACUACGAGCACUGGACCUUCUUCCAGGCCUACUACUACUGCUUCAUCACGCUCACCACCAUCGGCUUCGGCGACUACGUGGCGCUGCAGAAGGACCAGGCGCUGCAGACGCAGCCGCAGUACGUGGCCUUCAGCUUCGUCUACAUCCUCACGGGCCUCACGGUCAUCGGCGCCUUCCUCAACCUCGUGGUGCUGCGCUUCAUGACCAUGAACGCCGAGGACGAGAAGCGCGACGCCGAGCACCGCGCGCUGCUCACGCGCAACGGGCAGGCGGGCGGGAGCCUGGGGGGCGUUGGGGGCGGCGUGGGCAGCGGCGGGGGCGCGGGCGGCAGCGUGCACACCACGGACACCGCCUCCUCCACGGCGGCGGGGGCGGCGGGCGGCGGCGGCGGCUUCCGCAACGUCUACGCCGAGGUGCUGCACUUCCAGUCCAUGUGCUCCUGCCUCUGGUACAAGAGCCGCGAGAAGCUGCAGUACUCCAUCCCCAUGAUCAUCCCGCGGGACCUCUCCACGUCCGACACGUGCGUGGAGCAGAGCCACUCCUCGCCGGGAGGGGGCGGCCGCUACAGCGACACGCCCUCGCACCGCUGCCUGUGCAGCGGGGCCCAGCGCUCGGCCAUCAGCUCCGUGUCCACCGGGCUGCACAGCCUGUCCACCUUCCGGGGCCUCAUGAAGCGCAGGAGCUCCGUGUGA